AAGUUUAGUGGGAAUUUGAGGAGCGGUGGUGAGUCGUCACCCACCGCAACGAAAUCCGCAAGAGCUUCCCUCUACCAAAAAUAAAUAAAGAGGCGCCAUACAAACAUUUCACAAAUACACACACCUCCUCUCCCCUCCUUUCAUGGCGUCUUUGCUCUUGCCUCCGCCAACCUCUUCUUCCGCCGCUUCUUCUCUUUUCUCGCGCUUCGCCUUUCCCACCCCCACCGCACGCUUCUCUGCGUCCAAUGCCGUCAGAUGUGAGUUGAUAGAGCCGGUGAACGGGAAGCCUUGUGUUCCUGUUCUCAACGAUCAGUUACUGCCCAAGUACUUGCAAUCGAGACGAUUGGAGAAUGUGGUGAACAAAAAUAGUAAUAACAGGAUCAAGAUAUUCUCCGGUACCGCCAAUUUUACGCUUUCUCAGGAAAUUGCUAGGUAUAUGGGCCUCAACCUUGGAAAUAUCCUCAUUAAGAGAUUUGCCGAUGGAGAGAUUUAUGUUCAGUUGCAAGAGAGUGUCCGUGGCUGUGAUGUGUACCUGGUCCAGCCCACCUGUCCUCCAGCUAAUGAAAAUCUUAUGGAGCUUCUAAUAAUGAUAGAUGCUUGCCGAAGAGCUUCAGCCAAAAAUAUCACUGCAGUGAUCCCAUACUUUGGAUAUGCUCGAGCUGAUAGAAAGACCCAAGGGCGUGAAUCUAUUGCUGCAAAAUUAGUAGCCAAUCUUAUCACAGAAGCAGGUGCAGAUCGUGUUCUUGCCUGUGAUAUCCACUCUGGGCAGUCCAUGGGUUACUUCGAUAUUCCAGUGGAUCACGUAUACUGCCAGCCUGUCAUACUUGAUUAUCUUGCCAGCAAGAAGAUAUGCUCUGGUGACUUAGUAGUGGUAUCUCCUGAUGUUGGAGGAGUUGCACGAGCACGAGCUUUUGCCAAGAAGUUAUCUGAUGCACCUUUGGCUAUUGUGGACAAAAGGCGUCAGGGGCAUAAUGUUGCUGAGGUAAUGAAUCUGAUAGGUGAUGUUAAAGGAAAAGUUGCAGUGAUGGUAGAUGACAUGAUAGAUACAGCAGGAACUAUUGCCAAAGGUGCAGAGUUGCUGCAUGAGGUAGGUGCUCGGGAAGUCUAUGCAUGUAGCACUCAUGCGGUUUUCAGCCCCCCUGCAAUUGAGAGGUUGUCGAGUGGCCUGUUCCAAGAGGUUAUUAUUACAAAUACGGUUCCAGUGUUGGAAAAAAACUAUUUCCCUCAAUUGACAGUUCUUUCAGUUGCUAACCUCUUGGGUGAAACAAUAUGGCGAGUUCAUGACGAUUGCUCUCUGUCUACAGGUUUAGGAACAUCAAUAUUUGAUUGAUGAAUCUCGAAUUUAUGAGUAAUUUUUUAUCGUGGAGUUGCUCUUUAUAUUAUUCGAAAUUUGGUAAAAAUAUUCAGCAA